AUGGCGUCGGGCUGCGCGCCGCCCUUCGGCGACGCGGCGGAGGUGCGGGAGGGCUUCCUGUGCCCGCUGUGCCUGCAGGACCUGCAGUCGCUGCGCCAGCUGCAGGCGCACUACGAGGAGCAGCACCAGGGCGAGGAGCGCGCCGUGCGCGCGCCGCUCCGCAAUCUAGUCCAGAAGGCCAAAAGAGCAAAGAAGAAAUUCCUAAAACGAGAAGAUGGUCGAACAGAUUCUGGGUCUCAGGAACGAUAUGAGUCAUUUAGCUAUGGUGGAGUAGAUCCAUACAUGUGGGAGCCCCAAGAACUAGGUGCCACAAGAAGCCAUCUUUCUGAUUUCAAGAAACACAGAGCAGCCAGGAUCGAUCACUAUGUAGUUGAAGUGAAUAAGUUAAUAAUCAGGUUAGAAAAGCUUACAUCUUUUGACAGAGCAAACACAGAGUCAGCUAAAAUAAGAGCUAUAGAAAAGUCUGUUGUGCCUUGGGUCAGUGACCAGGAUGUUCCAUUCUGCCCAGACUGUGGCAGUAAGUUCAGUAUUCGAAACAGACGUCACCACUGCCGCCUUUGUGGUUCUAUUAUGUGCAAGAAAUGCAUGGAACUUGUCAGUCUUCCUUUGGCAAACAAACUCACCAGCGCCAGCAAAGAGGCCUUGAGUUCUCGUGCUAGCCCAAACUCCUCACCUAAUAGUGUCCAUGGUUCCCGCCGUGGCAGCAUUAGCAGCCUAAGCAGUGUGAGCUCAGUUAUGGAUGAGAAAGAUGAUGACAGGAUCCGUUGUUGUCGGCACUGCAAAGACACACUGCUGAAAAGAGAACAACAGAUUGAUGAGAAAGAACAUACUCCAGAGAUUGUGAAACUCUAUGAGAAACUCCGACUGUGCAUGGAAAAGGUUGACCAGAAAGCACCUGAAUACAUAAGGAUGGCAGAAUCACUAAAUGCUGGGGAAAUGACCUAUAAUCUUGAACAUGCUAAUGACUUGAGGGUGGAGAUUCAAAAAAUGUACGAGUUGAUAGAUGCUUUAAGUAAGAAGAUUUUGAGUCUCGGUUUGCAUGAAGAGCUCCAACCCCAUCCUAAAACAUUGCAACUUCAAAGAAUGAUAAGAUACUCAGCAACACUUUUUGUUCAGGAAAAGCUCCUUGGUCUCAUGUCCCUGCCAACCAAAGACCAGUAUGAAGAGUUGAAGAAGAAAAGAUUGCAUAUGGUGACUCUUGAAGCAUACAGAAAACAAGAAGAAAAGCAGAAAGAUUUGAUCUCCAGAUCUGCAGCUGCAGUUAAUGGUGAUGCAACUCAUCUGAAAAAAGGAACAGUAAGGAAAUCUGAAGGCUGGUUACCCACAUCUAGCAUAUCAAGAGAGAGUGAGAUAGCAGACCCACUUCUUCAGCAGAUUGACAAUAUCACAUCCUUUAUUAAGCAAGCAAAGGCAGCUAAUCGGAUAGAUGAGGUCCAUAUGUUGCAAGAGAACCUGAGACAACUUCAGGAUGAGUAUGAUCAGCAGCAAACUCAGAAAGCUAUUGAGCUUUCUAGAAAACAAGCAGAAGAGGAGGAGAUGCAGAGGGAGGAACUUCAGGCUCUUUGUGAAAAAGAAUGGGAAAGAGAACACCACAAAGUUGUGUCUCAGCAUACAAGGACAUGUUCCUUAGACUUCAGAGAAGUCAAGCAACAUCAGCAUGAAGUUGCAAAAGAGGAUCAAAACUUGAUAGCACCUGCUUUGGAUUUGGAUAUUACUCAGAUCGAAAGGAAUCCAAGUUUUAAAACUCCAGUUGUUGAACAGCUGCCAGCUAAAGAGCACUUGAUUGUCCAGGUCAAACCGCAGAAUGUCCCACAGGGUGACAGAGACAAAGACCAAAAUCAGACAGCAUCUCUAAACCCCUUUGAAGAUGAUGUAAAUACUCCUCAGUUGGAGGAAGACCCUACUAACCUGUUUGCCAAAGGGACUUCUCAGGUAGCUUCUUUUUCUAAUACAGCUUUGCAGAAUGACAAAAAGGAAUAUAAUCCAUUUGAAAAUGAGGAGGAGGAGGAUGAACAGCCUGAUGGAGCAGCCAUCAGUACUUCAAAUCCCUUUGAAGAGGUUGGAAAUACAUCUCAAAAGGCUCGGGACAAUUGGAAUUCUGGAAAUCCAUUUGAAGAGGGAUCCUCUACCAAUCCUUUUGAGGUGGACGAUGACAAUGAGCUCUUGGGAGAGGAGGUUAUUGAGGAAGAACUGCUUCUCCAACAGAUAGAUAAUAUUAAAGCUUAUAUAUUUGAUGCCAAACAUAGUGGACGAAUGGAUGAGGUGGAGGUGCUGACAGAGAAUUUGAAGGAAUUGAAGCGCACCUUAGCAAAGCAGAAGGAGAAAUCGAACUGCUAAAGCAGCAACAGGGUCAUGUAAUGAAUAUUUGAAGUUCAUUGUGCAAAUAUGUUAAGGCAGAGCAAAUCAUUAUAGAGGAAUAUAGGUUAUGAGAGGGAAUUGUAAUCUUGAGUUUUAUGCACUUUUAUUUAGACAUUUCCACUACUCAAUCUUGGAGAAUGAAAAUUGAAGAAUGCUGGCAUGCUGCUGGUCUCAAACACUUUUAGUAAUAAAUUUUAAAGUUAACUUGUUACAGCCCUUUUUAAACUGACUGGUCUUAUCAUGUGCUUAUUUUUGUCAAAAUGUUUAAGUGUUAAUAGGGAAUCAAUUCAGAAAUGGUUGCAAGGUUGUCUUGUCAUCUCUUCCUCAUUACCUCCUUUCUGUAUUAGAAUUAUUGUAGUGGUUGUAAUAUUGGCCUUUCAAAAGGAGCUUCAACUAAUGGGAGACCAAAACUUUUCUAAAAUUCCUGUGCCUCACAUGUCCUCUGAUAAUGACAGUAGUGCAAGUGUCACAGGUGAAAUACAGCCUUAAUGUUAAAAGGCUUGUGAUUCUUCAGCUACAGAAUAUAUAGGCUGCAGAUGAAUUAUGUGCAAUACCAAUACAUAAAAGGGACUUCAUGAAAAGAACUUGCAAACUGAUCUCUUUAGUAGUCUUUUUGUGCUUAUAAAAAUUCUGAAGUAAACUUCGGAGGCUGCCUUUUCAGCCCUUCUAGUUUCUCAAGUGCUCUAAAAGUUACAGUGUUACAGAGAAAGCUGUGCUGGGGUCAGAGACAUACUUGUGUGCGAGUGGGUAUUUGAGCACUAGUUCGUAGGGAGCAGAGCAUCAGGUUAGCACCGCUUCAAGUAAUAUCAAGGGCAGCCUUCCUAGUUACCUUACAGAAUCUGCGCAUCCCUUCUCAAGGUGACAGGAUGAUCAUGUUUGCAGAUCUGUGGGACUGAAACCCUCCAUGCAGGGCAUUUGAGGAAAAGAAAUCUUGUUUACAGUGGAAAGCUGAAGUACCACUAAACUGGAAUUCUGUGGGAGCUGGAGACAAAGUUUGUGGCUGUGAUAGCACCAGCAGGCAGUUCUGGUUUAUAUUUAAUCCUGCAUAGAAGAAAUACGAACAUGUCUGUCUUAAAUAAGAAGCUUCUCAUCAAGCAUUUUGCUUAUGAUUUUGUGAUCCGGGGUAUGACUGUGGUUUAAGGUCAGCACCUGUGAUGUACAAGGGCUCAGAGCUGGGCAUCUGAGGACAGUAUCUAUAAAACUGUGGGAUCAUCUCGGGACAAGUGAGCCGCUACCUCUGCACAAGGCCGACCCCGAGUUUCUGUGGAGGUCGGAGCGUGAGACACCUCUGUCCAAAAGGGUGGUGGGGAAGGUAACCUAAAGGGUAUGCUUAUUUAAGGUGAAAUAGAGGAAAAUAGGGCAGGUCACACUAUAUGGCACUAAUAUCAUUAGGCUUGCWCAGGCGUGCAGGCUCUUAGGGAACAGGACACUGCAUUUAGCUGUGCCUCUGAUAAUGCAGGAGGAUAGCUGUAGUGCAAGCACUAGAUAGGAUUCUACACACAAACAUCUGUAUUACCUGAACAGUAGGAAUUGUAGUUUUUUUUAUUGUUGAUAGGUUGAGCUAGGGACUUCCAUAACUUCCAUAUUUAUAUUGUCAGUUAGUGACACUAAUAACUGAUCAAAAUAACAGCAGGCUCUUAAGGACAACUGACCUUCUUCAUACUAGUAUAGUCCAAGUGAAGGUGUAAGUUAUGCAAAACUGAUCAUCUUGAUUAAAGGCAAAUUUUUGAAGUUUUUAUACUAAGAUAUCUGUAUUUAGAAAACUCUGAGCCCAUGAGUGUUAUUUUGCAGUAAGUGAAUAACAGAGGACUGAUUUGUAAACAGACUCAAGUGAGAAGUGCCACCAAAUUUAUGAAGGCAAUUUCUAAUAGAGCUAAACUUAAUCCCUGGAAUUUCUUGCUUUAAAAGAAAUAUUAUAAAGUAGUUAUUUAAGACAGAUUUGUUCACUGUCAAGAAGAUCCCUUGCAUGGUAAUUGGGAAUUUCUUUUGGUUUCAACAGGAAAAGAGUAUUUCA